GCAUGGCCUGCUGUUUGGCGAUGUCGUUAAGGGCAAACCUAGCGUUUGGUGAAAAUAUCCUUCCGUCCACUGAGCAUCCAGGUAUUCAGAUUAUACCGAGCGGAUAAUUCAUGUGGAGCGAACUGUGUCGCCGAAAUUACAUGACUAAGGUCUCAUGAACAAGAUCCUCCGUAUUCCGCGGAUAUAAAAGUUGAGCCACUGGUGGAAUGAAGAGCCAUCGCAAUCCGUCGACAUUGCGAGCUCAUCUUUCGAACAUGCAGGUUCUGGUGUUUGCUUUCUUUACUUUAUCUGCUGUUUUAGGUCUGGUCCAGGCUCAAACUGCUGGCACGACAACGACGACAUGGGAUUGCUGUGAACCCGCCUGUGGCUAUACUUCCAACCUCUCACCGGGUGCUACUGGUCCCGUCAAGUCGUGCAACCAGAACAAUGGGGCUGCAUCGUCCGGAGCACAGAACGCUUGUUUUAGCUCAGGCGGAGAUCUGGCCUUCUCGUGCUCAACUUACCAACCCAUCAUCGUAAAUGGCACGCUUUCCUAUGGCUUUGCUGGGCACGGAAAUACCGCUACAGCUUCCUGCUGUAAGUGCUACAAAUUCACUUGGACUUCGGGGGCUGCGUCCGGAAAGUCUAUGAUCGUUCAGGCUAUCAAUGCGGGAGGCAUCACCGACAAUGAUUUUGAUAUAUAUACUCCUGGCGGAGGUGUCGGAGAUUAUAAUGCCUGCACGGCUCAGUAUGGUGCUCCGUCCGGUGGAUGGGGCCGUCAAUAUGGAGGCGUUUCAUCCGAUGCCGAGUGUUCACAGCUACCAUCGAACCUUCAAGCAGGAUGCCAUUGGAGAUGGCAAUGGGCUGGCGGUGAUGUUAACACCUGGCAAAUCACAUAUAACCAGGUAAACUGCCCAUCGCAGUUGACGAGCAUCUCAGGAUGUACUCCAGCUGGUAUCUGACCGCUUUCGUAAUUGUAUCCCAAUGAUAGCCAAUUGGUAGCAAUUUACAUAUCAGAAUUUUGUCGAAAAUUACAAGAGACCAUCUGUAUGUUGGUAGAAGCAGAAGCAGAAUUGACACUGCGUACUGAAGUCCCACCUCAGGCGACAGUGCAUCCU